GACUUGCGUGGAUUUGACCUUCCAAACAAUUUGUUCGCCGCAACACGAAAAGUUUUAAAAAAAACCAUUAAUUAAACAGAUUUGAAGAUGGAUUCUAGAUAUAAACCUGACAUACAUAAAUCUAAAAGUGGAAAAGUGACAAGAAAAUAUUGUGAUAAAGCUUUCAAGAAGAAUUUAGAAAAAGCAUUGAAAAUAAACAAUGGAGAGCCGGACAAUAUAGAUAAAAUUAAAACAAAUCGUUGCCUUUAUGAUUAUCCAGAAAAAAGGAUUAUUGAAUAUGUAAACAAUUUAUCAAUCGAUAUUCAAAAGAAAGUGGAAGAGUCAAUGAAAGUAAAUCAAGAUGACAAGGAAAUUUUUGAGUUUGCGAGAUUCAUGUCGAAGAUAUCUGGGAAAAAGAAGCCGCAAGAACUUCCGUUUGUCAUGAAACUAAUGUCUGAGUCUGAUAAUAUUCCACAUGACACGUUUACAAACAACGUCAAUUUCAAAGCACUCAAUAGAUUUCUAUAUUCUGCUGUGUGUGGCUUACCAGACACAACUGAUCUAAAUGACGAGACAAGAAAAGUUUUGUUCGAUACUUUCGAAAUGCUUAAGGAUCAAAUAGAACAUGAUAGUACACCAGAGUUUAUGCAAGAGCUUAAGUCCAAAAUUAGUGCCGGCUUCACUGAAGAAUCUCAUCAUAAGAUAGUUGAAUUAGCAAAAAUCACUCAACACACAUCAAUUAAUCCAUUGAAUUUUCCUUUCGAAUAUCUAUUAAAUGGGAUUUUGCCACUGGAAAAUACGGAAUAAAUUUUAAAGAUUUAUCUCCUGGAAUGCCUCUCAAAGAACUCUUGCAUCCUGAGCUUUUGUUUCAAUAAUGAUGUUGAUCAAGAGAUUAAAGAAAGCACUGAAUGGCUGAAAGAAAAACAUAAGUUUAAGUGUCCGUGUACUGAAAACAAGAUUUAAUAUUUAUAAUAAAAUUUUCAAUCACGAAACAUAAUAACAUUGACUAUG